AUGAGUUUUCCGACAUAUGGAAUUGUACACUGGGAUGGUAAUGUUAUUAGAACCGAAUUAGGUUACGAGUAUGUUGGUGGCCAGCACAAAUUUUUUCGUAUGAAACGAAGGUUGAAUUAUGAGGAUCUUUUCAUGAAAAUAGUUCGUUCUACAAAUUUGUUAGACCACAACGAAUUCAUAUGCAAGAUUGAAUAUAGGAAACCAAUCAUUAGUGGUAACGAUUACAAAUUUGAACUAGUUAAACUGCUGAACGAUGCCGAUGUAGAGAUGAUGUUCGAUUACGUCAGUACACUAGGGUCUGAGAGCAUAGUUUUUUACGUCGAUGUCGUUAGAGAUAUUCAUAGAAAUCAGAACGAAGAUUGUGCUGUCCCUCUAAUACUGAUCCAAAAACGAGUUCACACUGUAAUUUCCAUUCCAAUACUGAAGAGGCCGAUGAAAUUACAUAUUGUUAAUGACGGUGUGGAUGAAGUUGAUGAAUUUUUUGAUUUAGAGAGAUUAUCUGAAUCUGACAUUAAUGAGUACGAAAGUGGUUGGAUUGAGGACGACGAAUUGUUAUCAGGUGAUGAUAAUGAUGUUGCUCAGUAUAGUAAUCCUAUUUUGCCACUAGUGCAUCCACCGCCAUUUUCAGAAAUAGAUUUUGAAUUAAUGCGUGUAGACCCGUAUGCAAAGCCACCAAAUGAUAUGUUUUGGAGUCCGAAUAUGGAGUUUUCUGUUGGGAUGAUUUUUCCAAACAGAGAUGCUGUAAUGGCAGCAGCAAAGGAAUAUCAUUUGCGUAGACAUCAUCAAUUCUGUUCUAACGAGACAAAGAGAAAAACAUAUAGUAUUAUAUGCAAGAAUAAAAAACAUAACUGUAAAUGGCAUAUGCGUGCUUCAAUGAAGGAGGGAUCUGAGUUUUGGAAAAUUGUAUCGUAUAAUGGACCGCAUACUUGUUCGAAUCCAAUGGUUGAAAAAGAUCAUCCUCAAUUGGAUAAUAAAUUUCUAUGUCAAUUUAUUUUGCCUAUGAUAGAAGAACAACCACAAAUUAAAAUAAAAACACUUCAGGCAAAAGUUAGAGAUAAAAUUAGAUAUGAACCAUCAUAUUCAAAAACUUGGAAGGCAAAACAAUUUGCAAUUAGGAAAAUUUUUGGCGGAUGGGAUGAAUCGUAUGAAGGCUCCGUAAGUACAUGA